ACUACCCAGGACAACUUUCUGGUACAGAAUUCAACCUCAAUGUUGAAUUCAUGACCUUCGCGGUGGCGUGAACGCAAACAACGGUCGCUAUGUGCAAAGAAAGGCUAGGAUCAGGCAAACACACAAACAAACGGAGCAUUUCGGCCAUUUCGUUUGGUUGGAUUUGGAUGUUGAUGGACCUGCUAACAAUCUACAUUUGAGUAAAAUAAUGUCUGGCGAUGGCAAUCCCCGUGGAAGCUGGUUCGCCGUAAUAUGUCUACUUGUUUCGGGGUUGAUGUGGACAGGAAUUCUUAAGGGUCUAGGCAUCAUGUUGCCAACUUUUACGGAGCAAUUUACAACCGAGAAGUGGCUGAUCGGAUGGUUGAUAGUUAUAGUCAGUGGCUCCGUCUACCUAACUGGUAUCUUUGCAGCACCGUUUGAAUCUAUAUUUGGAACCAGAGCUGUGAUCGUAGCGAGUGGAUUCAUGGUUGGGGGAUCUGUGAUUGCUGCCUCCUUCGCAACGAGUGUCGUUCAACUCACCGUAAUAUUAGCUCUUGGAUUCGGACCUGGGAUAAGUUUUGCUAUCAUAUUGUCGAAAUCUAUGAUUGGUCGCUGUUUCAAGACUAACUAUGCUACGGCCAAUGGUAUUGGACAGACAGGGAGUCCAUUAGGAUUGAUUCUUAUGGCUCCUUUAGUCCAAUUGCUUCUUGAUACGUACGGAUGGCGUGGAGCUAUGCUUUUGCUUGGUGGAAUUAGUUUACAUCUUGUCGUAUGUGGCGCUCUUCUCCGACAACCAUCAACAGAAAAGCAGAACCAAGAGUCAUAUCAACAAGUUCCCUCUGGUGAAGAAACGAAAUCAACAUUACGAAGAGACAAAGAGUCGACUUCCAGAAUACAGCUUAUGAAAGAAGUUUUAAUGACGAUAAAACGUAGUUUUGGUAUCUCCGUCUGUUUGCAGAAACCUUUCUGGAUCCCAACUGUCAUAGCCACAUCAAACAGAUUGUUACAUACGUUAUGGAGUGUAUAUUACGUCGAUCACAUACUCAAUAAAGGUUUCAGUGCUGAAGAUGCUAUUGUAUUUUGCACAGCUGCAGGAGUGGCAAAAUUAACUGCGAAGUUAUUGACUGGUCCCCUCGUUGACAGAGGUGUCUUAAAGUUACGAACACUCAUGGCAAUACUACUCACACUGUGCUCAAUAACUUUAUUGACCGAUCCGUGGAUGAACUCAUUCUGGCUAGCGAUAGUGAAUGUGGCAAUUUAUGACUUUACUAAUGGUGGAGUUUCUUCAUUAGUUGACGUCUACACGAGGGAGUUGAUUGGCCCCGAGUUACUCACGUGUGCAUUCAGUCGGAUGGAAUUGGUGGCUGGAAUUGUUGUCUCUUGCAGUGGUUUUUUCCCAGGUUUGAUAUACGACCAGACUGGAAGCUACGAUUUGGCUUUUGUCAUGAUGGGGUGUGUUUGUCUCACAGCAUUGUUGGUGCUUGUUGCGGAGAGUCUUUUGUUAAAAGAAUCCAUGUGAUUCAACUAAAAAUGCUUAUAUUUCCAUUGUUUUCUCCAAAGGAAAAAAGUCAAUUUGCAUAGGAAUUCGACGGAAUUUGAAUUCACGAUCACCGUAAUUCUGUAAAAGGCUCUUAAUAUUGUCGUCUACAAUUUUU